CCAUAAUGAGACUUUAUAACAGAACGUCAGUCCUGGCAUCAUUCUAGUCUGAGAGCGCCUUUUAAGACAGAGGAGUACCGCUGUCGGACUCUUUUUCCGGGAAACUGUUUUUUGCUCCUCGCAAGUCUUUUUGUGGACAUACAAGCUCCGUGCUCAAAAUCAUCUGUAAAGAUGCUGCUCCUGCUACUGGGAAUCAUCUUCCUGCACCUCGCUGCGCUUGUUCUCCUCUUUGUGUCAACAAUUGUCAGCGUAUGGGCAUCAAGUGAAACUGGCACAUCAGACCUGUGGAAAAACUGUACUCUUCUCAGUGGAGGACACCAGUGUAGCCCUGCAUCAACUGGAGAGUGGAUUCAGGCAGUCCAGGCUGUCAUGAUCCUAUCCAUCAUCUUCAGCUGCCUGUCUCUCUUCCUCUUCUUCUGCCAGCUCUUCACUUUGCAGAAGGGUGGACGUUUCUUCCUCACUGGAACCUUCCAGAUCCUAGCCAGUUUGUUUGUGAUGAGCGGAGCCAUCAUCUACACGGUGAUGAGUCCGGAGUGGGUGCUGGGGACGUACUCAUUCGGCUACUCCUACAUCCUGGCGUGGGUGGCCUUCCCUUUGGCGCUGAUCAGCGGACUCAUCUACGUCAUCUUGAGGAAGCGAGAAUGAGCCGUCACUCCAUCCCACCGUUCCCAGUAACCCCUGCCCAGCUGCAAGUGCUAUCAGUUCCCCUCUGAAGUUUAAGUUGUGACGCCAAAGUACCAGUGGAGCCACCAGGCCAAUACACCCAGAUCACAGAAGGGGGAGUAAUACCAAAAAUCAAACACAACAACACGAAUACUGUCUCAGUUAAAAGAUGUAUAUAGUAUCUAUGGUUUAAAACAUAUUUAUAACACUUUUUACAUAUAUGUACAUAGUUUUUGUGUUGCUCUGUCAGUGGAUACUAUGAGCUUUAUUUUAGCUGAUUAAGUGCCUCAGUCUUUCUUUGUAAUGAUGGAAUAAUUAUACACUAUUUUGUUGUGGGCUUUUGUUUUGGUAAUUGCCAAAUAAUUAGUAAAAGAGAAAGUGUUCCUUGAAGUAUACUAACCAAAGUGCAUGUAUAGAAAUAGAGAGGUUAAAUCAACUUUUUUUUGAUGGGGUUGCUUUACAGAAGGAGUGGUAACAUCCAUGGAUGCAGCACAGCCAUGAAAUCUAGAUUUGGUCCUUUUCUCUUUGUGAAUUUGCAAGUUUAAGUGUAUUUGUUUUCAGUCUUUUUCUAUUUCUUAUUUUCAACAAAAGAUGGUGCUAUAUAUUUAUCAUUCCUAUUACUGAUAGCAAUCAUUUACAGCGGAGUUACUUUGUUAUUGUUCAGACAGCUCGCCAUUAGUUAAAGUGCGACUCAGGCAGCGGUGCCUGACUACUUCUUUGGGAACACGGCCCGUUUCAGUUUGCAGUGGCUGAUUUUUCCCCUUUAUCAGCUGCUGUAAACAGUGGAUAAACAAGGUUGGGGUGGUGCAUUAAUGAAAUCAAGUCAUUUAGAAUGUCAGUAUUAUUCUGCCAGUUUAUAGAUAGUCAGAUCACAGAGGAAUAACUUUAAAUAAGCUUUGUUUUUCAGCUCUAGUUGCCUUAAUUUUCCAUCAUUCUGAUGUUUGUGUUCAUUUUGUGCGUAUGGCUGUCUAAUUCUCAAGAAGCCAAAGAAGAAGUUUGUCAAAGAAUAUCAUAAAGAUCAUAAUCACUGUGGGGCAUUAUACCCAAAGGAAGAAGGUAUACAUUUAACAGUACUAGAAGAAAUGCCACCAAGUUGAAGCCAUAUAAGAAAAUAUGAGAUGACAGGAAACACGUGAAUGAAGUAUUAACUCUAUUAAGUGAUAAAAGGACAGAGAGGUUUGCAGUAAUGAUACAAAUGUCUGUUUCACAUACUUGAAGUUUGACAUGCUGCAGUCUCUGCCCACUGACUUUAGAUGGUUUUUUUGUCUACUGUAUAAAACCUUUACUGUUUAUAUGUUGUGCAUAACAGAUGUUUAUGACAGUCUAGCCUAAAACACUCACUUAUUAAAUAAAACUACUUUCACAUUAUCUAAUACUGUGUAUUCAACUGUUACAGGGGACUGUAACACUUUAUGCAUGUAAAGAAAAAAAGACAUUAUGCAGAAGUCAUUUUGCUGUUUGCCUUAAACUUUGAAAUACACUUUUCUGUUCUGCAAAAGCUCGGUGUGGAAAAUGAGGUUACUAACAUUAUAUAACUGACAUGAAUGAAAUAGAUCGAUCGAAGCAACGGAAACGCAGCCUGUAAAUUUCUGCUAGUCAAACCUAGCUUACAGUAUGUGGUACAUCAGUUGGUUAGCUUUGUGCAUGUGGUUGCAAAUGCUGUGUGACUUGAGUCACCAACACGGCACACAGUGCCAGUUAUUCAAAACAUGCAGCUAGCAUUUCAGUGUACACUGCGUCUCUCAUGACAUCAGAAAUAAAAGGACGGGGCGUGUUCGAAACACUAAUAAGAAAGCAUCUGUCCUCCACUCGACGUGUCCUGUGAGAUCCUCUCCACUUCCAAAACAGAACUAGACUGUGGUGGAUUAAGUAUUUCAUUCUGAGCUUACACUAGAUAGUCUGCUAUGGUUUUUUCAGCAUGAUGCUCUUCAUUGGGUUCAGUUAGAAGAGACUGCCUCUAAUGACAACUGCCCUCUUUACUAGUUUGUGUAAAGCUGCCACCUUCAAUUGUCUGUGCUAUGUUUACACCAAACCCAAAUGCUCUUCAUAUUCCCAAAGCUACUUUGAAUUUAACCAUUAAAGGACAUUUCUUGCCACCUUGA